AUGAUGGCUUUGGGAACGCUCGAUUUGCCAGCUUUGGCCGAACUUCAGCAGGCAAAUGACAAUUUGAAGGCCUUCGUGAACACAUUUUGUGACGGUCUUCGAGAACAAAGAAUUGAGCGCCAAAAAUUCGAGGAGAAGCUGAAAACUGUCGAAAGCCAGCUUUCAGAUGCAAGUCAAGAACAGGACGAUGUCAAAAGACUGCUGGAAGAAUUUGCAGCGUAUACACUUGCAAUCGCAAAGGCAGAGGAGCUAGUUCGGGCUGUGCUUGAUGACCUAGAAGCGCGGAGGACUUUCAAGGAACGGACGGAGGCCGCCACAGCAUCCUCUGAGAGCCAAGACACCACAGCGGAGGGCAAAGUCGAGAAGAAGAACAGGUUGGGCCGGACGGAGCUGCACAAUGCCGUGUGCAGCGGUGACAAAGACUACGUCCAGCAGCUCCUAAAAAAUCGCGCGUCUGUUGAUGCCACGGACGGAAGUGGCCGGACACCACUACACUUGGCCGCCAGUGAGCUCUCGGAACCGGUCAAAAUCAUCGAGCUACUGCUGGAGGCCAGAGCCAGGACUGAGGCUAAAGACCUCAGCGGUUUCACUCCCUUGAAUUUGGCCUGCGAUUCGAAAUGCAAGGAAGCGGUGGCUGUUCUGCAGAGCGAGGAGUGCCACCUGUACUUCACGGUGCGAAACAACAAGCAUGCCGUGUUGGAAAGGAACAAAGUUCUGAAUUCUGACUUGGAAUCUGCUGUCAACAAAGGCCUGGCCACAACAUUCACAACAAAGUUCACUGAAAAGUGGCAGGGGCGGGUAGACAAAACAUUCUUCUGCGAGAUAUUUGAGAAGGAACUUUUGAGGUUCUCGAAGCUGACACGACAUCAACAUGAGAAGUUGGGGGACGUAGAGAAUUUGCUGAACGGUGGUCCCGUGCAUUUGUCCGCGCCUGCUGGAAGUGGGAAGACAUUUAUUGCUGUGCAGUGCGCCUACAAGAAGAUCAAACAAAGUUCUGAAGGAGUGUUGUCAUUUGUUGCCCCAUCUAUUGAUCUUGGCCUCUAUUUUUUCCAGUGGCUUGCUCAGAGAUUUGGAGAACACAUGUCGGUUCACGAUUUGCUGAGCCGUGUCGUGCUGAUGCAAGCACCAUACGAGUCAUUUAUGACCCUACAUGAUGAAGACGGCCGCUUAAUCACUAAGCCGUCGGAAGGUGAGCCGCAAUUUCUUUUGACCAUUGUCGAUGAAGCACAUGAUGUAUUUCAGUCCAUCGACUAUGACAGAUUUUUCCACAAGGUCAAAGCAGAGCAGCGUUUGCUGCUAUCCAGCAAAUCCCAGGCAUCGGGAACUGAUGUCGUUUUCGCUGGAGCGAAGGAGGUGAAGCUCACUGAAAUCGUGAGAACCACGAAACGAAUUGUUGCAGGUGCUCGUGUGGACUUUGAGAAGUAUGGGCAGAAGACAAUCACUGCACUUUGGGAUUUGAUAGGAACCUAUGCAGGCCUCAGCUUCCACCAGCGCCUUGCCAUGCUUGUGCCAAAUGACACAUUUCUCACGGGAUUCAAAGAACAGAUCCGACGCCUCUUGGCUCAGUUUCCAGGGCGAAAUUUUAAACUCACAUCAUUUCGAGACUCCCUGGCAAUCCUUGCAAACCAAGAGACAAAGCAGACUGCUGAGGCGCUUAUAAUCGACACAGUGGCAAACGCUAAGGGCCUCGAGAAGUUGAUCAUCAUUUGCAUCGGACUGGAUGAAAAACUGGGAGACCAGAAAACCAAUUGUGAGACCCGUGCCUUAAUCUAUCAGGCGCUAACCCGAGCGCAACUCCAAGUUGUUGUGGUGAACCAGCUCCUGCCAGGUGGCUGGUUUGAAUUCCUUGGAAAAGUGAAAUUCAAAGAGGACAUUUUUGAUGAGUCUUCAGCCAUGAAGGAGACCACCACCCAAGCAGCCUCUCAGAGCAUCUCUCAAACAGUGCCAUCCGUCGAGUCAAGGGCUGCAGCAAGCGACAGACAUCCUCCAAGUCCCGGAAGAAUUGCUUCAUCUGCAACCCAAAGAGACAGCCAUGUUCCUCCUGUUCGAGAACCAGAACCACCAAUCGUUUCAACGGACCAGGGGAUUGACCAGCUGAAAGAGCAGGACUCCUCCGUGUGGGACACCGAUAACGACUUUGACACCAAGCAGAUCCAACGGCUUCAGUUUGACCCUCGCAAGGCCUGGAAGGUUGAAAGCUGUUGA